AUGGAUCCCGAUGCCAGUGUCCCCGCCGAACCGGCCCCCUCGGUCUUCAACUAUGUCCUCUCCUUCCUGCUUGUCGGUGUAGCGUGGGGCUUUACGACCCCUUUUAUCCGGCGGGCAGCCGCCGACUUUAACGCGCGACAAGAAAAGCAGUCCGCCGACACGGCUGCCAAUCGUGGACGAUCGCAGACGCAGUCGUCCCCGCAGCCGGGACUCGAUGGCGAUGGGCAGGAGGAGCAGGAACUCCUUGACCGGGACGAAGAUGAGGAGGGAGUGAGGAGAAGAAGCAGCAGCCAGCAGCGGCUGGAGCUCGAUAAUCGCCGAGCCACUGGGAGGCAAGCAGGACAGGGGCCUGAGGAUGAGACAGAGGAUGCGCCUGCUCCGGUGUGGAUGCGAUCUUCCUCCCAGCAAUCCUGGUUGCGAGCGAAAAUCGUGUCCCUGUUUUGGACUGUGGUGAAUCUGCUUCGCACGCCGGCGUACUCGAUUCCUCUCGUAAUCAACCUGACGGGCAGCAUUUGGUUUUUCUUGUUAGUUGGGCAGCACGAACUCUCUCUCACUGUGCCGCUAGCCAACUCCAGCGCGUUUAUGUUCACCGUGCUCGGCGAAUGGUACGUGGAGAAGAAGGUCAUUGCCAAAGAGACAUGGCUGGGCCUUAUUUUGGUACUGGGUGGGAUUGCCUUAUGUGUGCACUCGAAGAACCAGACUGGGUGA